GCCUCCCGCUGCACGCUUCAAGAGGUACGCAAGCCUAGGUGAUACUCUCACGGACUCUCGCCGACUACGGUCUCGUUACGCUACGCGUUUUACUACGCCCGCGUUUCGUUGCGUUGCUACGUCGCACCGCGAUCUACAGCCGACAGAUCGAUUCCUUUCGUUCGAUUUUUACCUCGUCCUUCGGGAGGCUGCGACGAAAGUGCGCGAAAGAUAGAAGAGGAAGAGGAAGAGAGAGAGAGAGAGGGAGGGAGAAAGAGAGGGAGGAUCUGACUCUUCGACUGUGACACACAUCCAACUGAGGGAAAACUCCAGUGAUCAUCGAUCCGGAAGGAUUCACUCGGUGAUCAACGACCGGUUCGGAACACACGCGCACCUCGCUUCCUUACUCACCCCCUUGUUGCGGAGAAGUGACGUCGCGGUGAAGUUUUACAGGUGGUUAUUUUCCCGCUAACUUUCGAGUAUUCCGUUCUCAGUUUCGUUACCGAUCGUUCGCCGAUCGGCGGAUGAAACCACGGACCGGCGUAUUUAAGUGGAAAAAAUGUAUCCUACCGCGGAUAUGGGGAAUAAUUAGUGCGCGAGAAUUACAAGCGGAUCAGUGUGAACUUCGGUAGAAUUCGGACAAGCCCGGUCACCGCCAGUGAACAAAACGUAAACCUCCCGAAGCAAACGGAUAUGAGAUAACGGUGUUUGAGAAGUGUCGAGGAAUACGCGACAGCGCGGGAGUGCCGAUCGCGGGGGAGGAUCGAUCGAUCGAUCCGUCGAUCCGUCGGUCCGGGCGGCCUGCAGCGAUCCCUGGAGAUUUGAACGCUUGGGAAACCUGGGCCGCGACGCUUCCAGCGGAAGUUGGACCUCCGGGGAAUUGCGGAUCUCGACUCGGGCGUCCGCGCGACGGUGAAUCGCCGGGCACACAUCCUAGGAUCCGUUGCGCGUCGGCUUUGGAUCGGAGCCUCGGAGGCAGAGGAAGGACGAAGCGGUACCAGGACCUCGGUGCACGGCUAUGAUCAGCAUGGAGCUGCCCUCGCACGCGACGCAGCACGGGGGGCUCCACCUUGGGGACUCGGCGCUGGCGUCGAUUCACCCGCACCCUCAGGACUCCCUGGGAAUGCACCACCACCAUGCCUCAGGCAAUGCAACACCCGGAGAUGACGGGAGCCACGGGAUGAACCAGGACGGCCACGGUGGAGUAAAUCAACUUGGGGGCGUUUUUGUUAACGGAAGACCUUUGCCGGACGUCGUGAGGCAGAGAAUCGUCGAGUUGGCCCACAGCGGCGUCAGACCUUGCGACAUCAGCAGGCAACUCAGGGUAUCUCACGGCUGCGUUUCGAAGAUACUGUCGAGGUACUACGAGACCGGAAGCUUCAAGGCCGGCGUGAUAGGCGGCUCGAAACCUAAGGUAGCAACGCCGCCGGUCGUCGACGCUAUCGCCAACUACAAGAGGGACAACCCGACGAUGUUCGCGUGGGAGAUCCGGGACAGGCUCCUGGCUGAGGGCAUCUGCUCCCAGGACAAUGUUCCCUCCGUCUCGUCGAUCAACCGGAUCGUGAGGAACAAGGCUGCCGAGAAGGCGAAACACGCCCACCAACAGCAGCAGGCCCAGCAGCAAGGACAACCCCAGGGUCAACCUGGGUCUGGCGGUUCCGUAUCCGUCAUCACCCACGCCCCCGCCAACGCUGCCGGACACCCUGCCGCCACUGCCCCCAACGCCUACAGCAUCAGCGGCAUCCUCGGUAUCCCGGCUCACCAUCAGGACCCCAAUGGAAAUAGCAUAAAGCGGAAACGCACCGACGACGACGAUAAUCGCGACCUGAGCGAUCACCCGGAGGACGACUUGAAGAGACAACGAAGUAGCUACAACGGAGAUCAGCUCUACUCCAACCUGUGGUCGAGUAAAUGGAGUAUCAAGGACGAGCAUAAGCUCCUCAGUGAACUUGGGGGCGGCGGAGGAGGUGGCGGAGGCGGCGGAGGUGGGGGCGGCGGCGGGGGCGGUGGGGCGAACGCCGGUGGCGGCGGUGGUCCGGGGUACUACGAACACGGGGGAUUCCCCGGGUCCGCCGUGGCCACCUCCACCGAACUCUACGACUCCCUCGGCUCCAUCGGAACGAUGACGCAGGCGCAAACACCCCAUCUUUAUACCCCGCCCAUAGGGGGUACCAUAGCAGGUGGUACCUUGACGCCCCUCGCCCCGUUGACGAUGCAGGAACUUAAAUUAAGCCAAACUCUGGACCCGGCUAACAUGUCGCCUUACCAUACCACGGGAGAGAACGGUGCCGUCGCAGUGCCGUACGUUGUCGUUGGGGCGGGCGGGGGCGAGCAGAGUCCGCCGAUAUCGCUCCACAGCGAGGCUAACGCUGCCCCUGCCGCCCCCAACACCCCCGGAGGGGACCCGGGACUGACGGUCCUUCAGCCACCAGUUUCCCAGUCCCAGGUAUCGUCGGCUAUACCGCCUUACUCCGGCAUGCUGCCGAGCUUCGGACACUACGCCACCGGCGGUGGUGACUACGCCUACAGCGCGGCGUACUCUCAGUACUCCAGCGCACCUUACAGCGGUUACGGGUACGGGACGGCGACAAGCGGGUUGCUCAAUUCGACGUACUACUACUGCAAUGGGGACACGCUGGCGUCUUCCCAUAACGCUGGGCAACAGGGAGGCGGAAGUGGGAUGGGAAUCGGUGUCGGGUGCGGCAAUAGCAACAACGGCAACAACGGCAACAACCACAACCACAACCAUAACCACAAUCACAACGCGGGUUCGGAGAGCAGCGCAGAAGUAGCGAGCCGUUCGCCGUUGGCAGCAACGAGGGCGAGCAGCGGCGCUAGCGCAGCUUCGCCAACCGGAAGCGCCUGCGUAAAACCCGAGCAUCCGAUCGCAACGCCCACGGAUUUGUACCUCGGUUGAAUCUCGUCUUUCGUCAUCGUUGUUAUCGUGACGACGAAAGUGCAGCAUUCGAUUUGUGAACUGACGCCAUAUCAUAACGGGGAGGGGGAGAGAAAACGCCGACGAGGGGCUUGCCGAAAGUUUGAUGAGGGUGCAAAGGGAAGGGGGAAAUCAUGACCACUGAUCUCUUAUUCUACGGACGUAGUAUGUCUGAUGACGAAUGACGUUAUUGCGACGAGUUUCGCGGUUCAAUUACAACGUACGACGAUGCAAUGUCAUCCGAUUGUUGCAACACGCGGAGAAAUUGUAGAUAAAUAUACCAAACCUUCACCCUGAGUGAAAGUAUCGAAUCGAGAAUAAUCGUAUAAUUGGACCUGAAUGAUAAUCGUGAGCGGACGGUGACGCUUUUAGCGUUCGUUGAAAUAUUUCCUUUUCUGGUUGCAACGUUGCACGUGGAAUACGUCUGUCGUGUACUGUAUGUAUAUAAUGUGCGAAUCGGGGUGAAAGGCGAGCCGAUACCAUCAUCGUCUCUGAAAUUCGAUUAGUGAAAGAACAAUAUUAUACACGCAGGUAUAUUCCGGUGACCCGCGAGCAGCUGCCGCAGCUUUUAGAUAGUUUAAUUUUUAUCCUUAAUUAACUGAUUAAUCAUUAAUUCCUAUAACAUAGAGCGUAAUUUUUAUGCAAUCAUUUUUCCAAUCACACCGAACAUACCUAUUUAUACACACUGAGAUACAUGCUAUCCUUAUUAUGACUAUGAUUAUGAUUAUGAUUAUUAUUGUAUUAAAUUAUAACUUGAAUAAGUUGCGUUAACGUGCGCAGAUGUGAUUAUAACGUCUCCCCGGUACGUACUAAUUAAAACCCACGUAAUCUUUUGUUAUUUGUAUGAUAUCUAUAAUUAAUUAUAAUAAUCGCGAUUUGAUUGAGAUUUAUUUAUUUCUAUUUUAUUUCAAUUUUGUUUUCUUUCUUUUUAAAUUUUCUUCUCUGUUCAAAUUAUAACGACACAUUUUUAUUGUAAUUACAUCUAUUCGUCAUUAUUAUCGUACUUUUAAGAAUAUAUUAUAUAUACAUGAAUAUAUAUAUAUAUAUAUACAUAUAUAUAUAUAUAUAUUUUGUAGAAACCAAAGACCACGAAGUCGUGUUCGACAGGCAGAGUUUACAGCGACUUUAAUUACGCGAUUCUUAUUAUUAAAACUAUAUUAUUAUUUUUAUAUUAUACUUAUCUGCGCAGGUUAUUAUAGGCAUAUACACACGUAUAAAUAUACGGAGAGUCCUUCUUGAAAGGACCCGCUCGACAAUUGCUACUCGUCUAGUUUAUAAGCGUGGCCAACUUCGUAAAAAUGUUACCAGCAUGGUAGGCAGAGUCACCGACGCGUAGUGUCGAUUCUAGGGAAUUUGUUCUUACCAGCAAAGGUUUGCUUCAGGCUUCGAGCACGGAUGUCAGCCAAUCAAGAUUAAGGAAGUUGGAUCGCGCGCGCUACGAACAGAUCCUUUCAAGAAGAACUCUCGGUAUAUGUUAUCAUCACGAUUAUAUCAUACAUAAUUGUUGUAAAUAAAAUUUAUUAUACACGGUGAUGCGUGCACGACGUUUUUCAAUAUUAUAGUAUACACAUAAAUGUACCUAUAUAUGCAUGCAUAUAAAAAUUGUAUGAAUAGCUCGAAUUGUAUGAGAAUAAAUGGAUUAUUUUUCUUUCGUAAGGAAGACAGUUUAUGUCAAAUAACAGCUAAAAUAAAGCUGUCGAGGGAUAUAACACCUGCAGAUGACAAAGUCGCAAGUUGAUGAGAACAAACAACAAUAAUAAACAAUGAGUGUAUUGAAAAUCGACUAAAUUUCAACUCUUUGACAGCACCUAUAUGUUAUGUACAUGUAUAUAGGUAUAUAUAUAUAUACAUACAUCUAAAAGCCGGUACGUCACCGUGUUUUUAUUAUUAUUGUCAUAGAUAUACAUAUAUACAAAUCCUAUGUCUAAACCGACUUUCGUUUAAUUUGAAAUAAAUAAAUUUAAAAAAAAAAAAAAAAAUAAACACGACUGCGACAGCAAGAAACUAAAGAAAAACGAACAAGACUAAAAUUUUCGCCAAUCGAAGGUCGCUGUGUGUCUUUCUCGAUUAAUCUAUAGUAUAUUUGUAACGACUAUACCUCGCGCGCGUUACCCUAUUUUUCUUUCACGUGGUACAUCUCUGAAAGAAUUUUGACUACCCCGUUUUGCACGCCCAUUUUCGGUUCGCCAGUCGGAAAUGGCCGUCGUGUCUCGCCGCGGAAUCGCCUUUACAGUUUCCCGAUGUCCAUACAGGGGCAGAAAAGCUAGCCGGAAAUUUUUUUUUUUCCGAAAUGAAACUGAAAGAAAGUAUAGCACCAUACACUCGUAGGUAUGCUAAACGACGUACCGUAUGCGAUGAUCGUUCUGAUUAUCACGUUCUUAAUCAUAAUAUUAUACAAAUGCUUAUAUAUAAUAUUAUAUUACUGUACGAUAAUUACAUUUUAUUUUCUGUACACUAGUAGGUAUAUAUGAUACGAUAUAUCACCACCUAUGUAAGAUAGAUUACAUAAAUUGUAACUAGUGAAAAUCAACCUCUAUACAAUAGAAUGUAAAAUAAAUUGAUAUAAGUAUAUAUCAAUAUAUUUGUAUAAAUAUAUGUAUAUACAUAUACUUUACAGGUAUAUAUAUAAAAUAAUGUAAUACUGCACUUGAUGAUAUGUCAAAAUGACGAUAUUCAAAAUCCAAUUCGUGGUAAUUUUAAUAAUAAUUAUUAUUAUUCUUCUAAAUUUCCGCGUCGAACAUUUUACGAAAAUCAGGAAGAAACCAAAAAACUUGAAUAAUAAUAAUAAGAGUAAUAACGUAUUCACCAUUAACUCGAAGACAGAAUCGCAUAACAAUGUCGUGUCACGUUUGAUUUCCGCGAUCCUCGAGAAAACAGAGUCUGAUCGCGAUCUGUAAUAAUAAUUAUUAUUAUCAAAUUAGCGUAUUUAAUUAUGAUCUUAUACGUGCAUAUUUCACCCAUAAUUUAAACACGACCAUUAUCUAUUACUUGCUACGAUUUAUCCACAAAUGUACGUACUUUUCAUUGUUGAAGCUACUUUAUGAAUAUUAUUAAUUUUUUUUUUCAUUA